AUGAGCAAUUCGUUGGGGGAACAGGUGAAGAAGCUGAUAGCACACUCGGAGGCGAAGGACUGGGAGCAGUGCUCGCAGCUGGCGUCCGCGGUGGAGAUAGAGCUGCUGAAGACGGGGAUCCUCUUCCCCGACAAGCAGCGCGCUCUCGCUGAACAGCAGUACAUGGUGGAUUUGAACACCACGAAGAAGAUACUGGAGAUUGGCGCCUUAGCGGCGAUUAACGUAUCUGAAUUCCAGAAAUUCAAGGACUACUACAAGAAGUUGAGCCUUUGGUACUUCAACGACACGGUGGACACCUGGGCUAAAUCGGACAAGCGUGCUAAGAUCGUGUGUUUGUACCUGCUGAUCCUUUUGUCUGAGGGGGAAGUCACUACAUUCCACUCUGAGCUCGAGUUUCUGGAUAAGCACCUUGGUUCGCUCGAGGACGACGAGUUUCUGUCGUACCCGGUGAAGGUGGACAGAUGGCUCAUGGAGGGUGCGUAUCAGAACGCGUGGGACCUGUUGGAGUCCGGGCUGCAGAUCCCGGAGUUCGACCUGUUGUCUCAGAGCUUGAUGGACGCCAUCAGGGACGAGAUCGCGAGAAACAUCGAACUCACGUACGACCAUUUGCCCUUAUCCAGUCUGAAGGCGUUACUUUUCUUCGACAGCGAGAAGGUCGCGGAGAAGUACGCAGGGACUAGAGGGUGGACAGUACAGGACUCCGUGGUUCAUUUCCCUAGCAGGCAGCAGGAUGCUGAAGGCCCUGAAGAUGCCGGCACGGGCACAGAUAACGAGUACAAGUUGAUACUACGGUCUUUGAACUACGCCAAGGAACUGGAAACCAUUGUAUAA